AUGUCUUAUCUCCAAAAGUUAUUAACACGAAACUUUGUUGUAUAUUUCAGAAUGGUUACAAUUACACUUGAUGAAUAUUCUUGUCAACUAGAAGAAUUAGUUGAGGUUUUAAAUGGAUACACUAAUCAACAUUGGACAUUAAUUAAUAAUAAUCACUAUCCAAUAGGGAAAUUUGAAGAUGUAGUCAUUGGAAAAACUAAUAACAUGAAAAUGAAACGUAUAGUUGAGAUACACUAUGAUAUUAUUUAUUCAUUACCAAAAAUUUGGUUUAAUUUUUAUACAUUAGAUUGGAGACGUCUAACAACAGAUGAAAUUUUUAACAGUGGUUUUAUUAAUGAAGCAAUUUCAAUUCAACUUAAAUCAAUUCCAACAUUUAUAAUAACAUCUGCUGAAAAUCCAAUAACAAAUGAACCAUUUUAUCAUUUUCAUGCAUGUAAAACAGAAAAAAUAAUGAAAAAUAAAGAAACAUUCCUCCUACGUUGGUUAUCAUUUUUUGGUAUGUAUAUUGGUUUGAAUUAUGACAUACUUUUUUUAACAGAAUUAAUAAAUUCAUAUGCAAAAAAUAUAAUUUAA